AUGGCGUCUACCAACAACACGACGUCCGAGCGGAGGAUCUCCUAUGCUGUCGACGUGGAGAAUGGUGAACGCCCUCACCGUGACGAGGGUGCUGACCCUGCCAACCUUGAUGAGUACUCGGCUCUGAACCGUUACAUCUCGACUGCCCGUGAUGGCCGUCGUGGUUCUACCUCCAGUGCCGGUGCUCGCAGCGAGAAGGGCGAGAAGAAGAAGCCCUGGUGGAAGUUCUGGGGCGGCAGUGGUGACUCCGUCCAGGAUGGCUGGCAAGCUCCCGAGGAGUGGCUCGAUACCGACCUUCGCCAGGGUCUGAGCUCUAGCGACAUCGAGCCUCGCCGCAAGAAGUGCGGCUGGAACGAGCUGACGACUGAGAAGACCAACAUCUUCAUCCAGUUCCUUAGCUACUUCCGUGGUCCCAUUCUGUAUGUUAUGGAAUUGGCUGUUCUGCUCGCCGCUGGUCUUCGUGACUGGAUCGAUCUCGGUGUCAUCUGUGGUAUUCUUGCGCUUAACGCUCUCGUCGGUUGGUACCAGGAGAAGCAGGCCGCUGACGUCGUCGCCUCCCUGAAGGGUGACAUCGCCAUGCGUGCUACUGUUGUUCGUAACGGGCAGGAGGAGGAAAUCCUUGCCCGUGAACUGGUCACUGGUGAUAUCGUCAUCAUUGAGGAAGGUAGCGUCGUCCCUGCUGAUGUCCGCCUGAUCUGUAACUACGAUAAGCCCGAGAUGUUCGAAACCUACAAGGAGUUCCUCGCCAACAACAACUCUGAUGAGCUGAAGGAGAAGGACGACGAUGAGGAUGACGAGUACGCUCGUGAGGCUCAUGCCGGUGUUGCUCUUGUUGCCUGUGAUCAGUCCGCCAUCACUGGUGAGUCUCUUGCCGUCGACAAGUACAUGGCCGACACCUGUUACUACACCACCGGUUGCAAGCGUGGCAAGGCCUACGGUAUCAUCACUGCCACUGCCCGCCAGUCUUUCGUCGGUAAGACCGCUGCUCUCGUGCAGGGUGCCAAGGACCAGGGUCACUUCAAGGCUGUCAUGGACAACAUUGGUACCUCCCUGCUCGUUCUGGUCAUGUUCUGGAUUCUCGCUGCCUGGAUCGGUGGUUUCUUCCGUCACCUGAAGAUCGCUACCCCUGAGCACUCCGACAACAACCUGCUCCACUACACCCUUAUUCUGCUUAUCAUUGGUGUCCCCGUCGGUCUGCCCGUCGUCACCACCACCACCCUCGCUGUCGGUGCCGCCUACCUUGCUGAGCAGAAGGCCAUUGUCCAGAAGCUUACCGCCAUUGAGUCCCUCGCUGGUGUUGACAUUCUUUGCUCUGACAAGACCGGUACUCUUACUGCCAACCAGCUCUCCAUCCGUGAGCCUUACGUCGCCGAGGGUGUUGAUGUCAACUGGAUGAUGGCCGUCGCCGCUAUUGCCUCUUCCCACAACAUCAAGAACCUCGACCCCAUUGACAAGGUCACCGUCCUAACCCUCCGUCGCUACCCCAAGGCCCGUGAAAUUCUUUCUCGCAACUGGGUUACUGAGAAGUACACUCCGUUCGACCCCGUCUCCAAGCGCAUUACCACCGUCUGUACUUGCGAUGGUGUUCGUUACACCUGUGCCAAGGGUGCUCCCAAGGCCAUUUUGAACAUGUCCCAGUGCUCUGAGGACGAGGCCAAGCUGUAUCGUGAGAAGGCUUCCGAAUUCGCUCGCCGUGGUUUCCGUUCGCUCGGUGUUGCCGUCCAGAAGGAGGGUGAGCCCUGGCAAUUGCUGGGCAUGUACCCCAUGUUCGACCCUCCCCGUGAGGACACUGCCCACACCAUCGCUGAGGCUCAGGUUCUCGGUCUCUCCGUCAAGAUGCUUACUGGUGACGCUAUUGCUAUCGCUAAGGAGACUUGCAAGAUGCUUGCUCUCGGUACCAAGGUUUACGACUCCGAGCGUCUGAUCCACGGUGGUCUUGCUGGUUCCGCUCAGCACGACCUGGUCGAGAAGGCUGACGGUUUCGCUGAGGUUUUCCCCGAGCACAAGUACCAGGUCGUCGAGAUGCUUCAGCAGCGUGGUCACUUGACUGCCAUGACUGGUGACGGUGUUAACGAUGCUCCUUCCCUCAAGAAGGCUGACUGUGGUAUCGCUGUCGAAGGUUCCACUGAGGCUGCCCAGGCUGCCGCCGAUAUCGUCUUCCUUGCUCCCGGUCUUUCCACCAUCGUCGAUGCCAUCAAGCUCGCCCGUCAAAUCUUCCAGCGUAUGAAGGCCUACAUUCAGUACCGUAUUGCCCUGUGUCUCCACCUGGAGAUCUACCUGGUUACCUCUAUGAUCAUCAUCGAGGAGACUGUCCGCGCCGACCUGAUUGUCUUCAUUGCCCUCUUCGCUGAUUUGGCCACCAUUGCUGUCGCUUACGAUAACGCUCACUUCGAGGCUCGCCCCGUCGAGUGGCAGUUGCCUAAGAUCUGGGUUAUCUCUGUUGUUCUUGGAUGCUUGCUUGCCACUGCUACCUGGGUCGUCCGUGGAACCCUCUUCCUUCCCGACGGUGGUAUCAUCCAGAACUUCGGUUCUCCCCAGGAGAUUCUCUUCCUCGAGAUUGCCCUGACUGAGAACUGGCUGAUCUUCGUUACCCGUGGUGGAAAGACCUGGCCCUCGUGGCAACUCGUUAUCGCCAUCUUCGUCGUCGACGUCAUCGCCACCCUGUUCUGUGUCUUCGGCUGGCUCGGAGGCUGGACCCAGACCGACCCCUACGACCCUGCUGGCCCCGGUUUCUCCAAGAACCACGACGUCGACAUUGUCACUGUCGUUGUCAUCUGGGCUUACUCUAUCGGUGUGACUGUCAUCAUCGCCGUUGUGUACUACCUCCUGACCAUCAUCCCCGCCCUGGACAACCUUGGCCGCAAGACCCGCUCCAAGGCCGAUACCCAGAUCGAGAACAUGAUUGCUCACCUCUCCAAGCUCGCUAUCGAGCACGAGACCGACCGCGAGGGCAAGUCCCGCUACGUCCUCGGUGCUCGCGUCGAGGAGAUCGAGGACGAGUAA